CCCCCAAGCCCCCUACUCUCCCCCACCUCCAGACUCCACCGCUGACCUUCCAACCCCAUCACACCCCACCUCCGUCCUCCGUUCCCGCUCCUCCUCUGCCCCAAAAUGGGGCGCGGGGCCGGCCGCGAGUACUCGCCCGCGGCCACCACGGCCGAGAACGGCGGCGGCGGCGGGGGCGGCAAGAAGAAGCAGAAGGAUCGGGAACUGGACGAGCUGAAGAAGGAGGUGACCAUGGAUGAUCACAAGCUGUCGCUGGACGAGCUGGGUCGGAAGUACCAGGUGGACCUGUCUAAGGGGCUCAGCAGCCAGCGGGCCCAGGAGAUCCUGGCCCGGGACGGCCCAAACGCGCUGACCCCGCCGCCCACCACCCCGGAGUGGGUGAAGUUCUGCCGCCAGCUCUUCGGCGGCUUCUCCAUCCUGCUGUGGAUCGGGGCCCUGCUCUGCUUCUUGGCCUACGGCAUCCAGGCCGCCAUGGAGGACGAGCCUUCCAAUGACAAUCUGUACUUGGGGGUGGUCCUGGCGGCCGUGGUCAUCGUCACCGGAUGCUUCUCCUACUACCAAGAGGCCAAGAGCUCCAAGAUCAUGGAUUCCUUCAAGAACAUGGUGCCGCAGCAAGCCUUGGUGGUGAGGGAGGGGGAGAAGAUGCAGAUCAACGCGGAGGACGUGGUGGUGGGAGACCUGGUGGAGGUGAAGGGGGGAGACCGGGUCCCUGCCGAUCUACGCAUCAUCUCUUCCCACGGCUGCAAGGUGGAUAACUCGUCGCUGACGGGCGAGUCGGAGCCGCAGACCCGCUCCCCCGAGUUCACCCACGAGAACCCGCUGGAAACGCGCAACAUCUGCUUCUUCUCCACCAACUGCGUGGAAGGCACGGCCCGGGGCAUCGUGAUCGCCACGGGCGACCGGACGGUGAUGGGCCGGAUCGCCACGCUGGCUUCGGGGCUGGAGGUGGGGCGCACGCCCAUCGCCAUGGAGAUCGAGCACUUCAUCCAGCUCAUCACGGGCGUGGCCGUCUUCUUGGGCGUCUCCUUCUUCGUCCUGUCUCUGAUCCUGGGCUACAGCUGGCUGGAGGCCGUCAUCUUCCUCAUCGGCAUCAUCGUGGCCAACGUGCCCGAGGGGCUGCUGGCCACCGUCACCGUGUGCCUGACUCUGACGGCCAAGCGCAUGGCGCGCAAGAACUGCCUGGUGAAGAACCUGGAGGCGGUGGAGACGCUGGGCUCCACGUCCACCAUCUGCUCCGAUAAGACCGGCACCCUCACCCAGAACCGCAUGACCGUCGCCCACAUGUGGUUCGACAACCAGAUCCACGAGGCGGACACCACCGAGGACCAGUCCGGUGCCACGUUUGACAAACGGUCCCCGACCUGGGCCGCCCUGGCCCGCAUCGCCGGACUCUGUAACCGCGCCGUCUUCAGGGCCGGACAGGAGGGCAUCUCCGUGUCCAAGCGGGACACGGCGGGCGACGCCUCGGAGUCGGCCCUGCUCAAGUGCAUCGAGCUGUCCUGCGGGUCGGUGAGGAAGAUGAGGGACAGGAACCCCAAAGUGGCCGAGAUCCCCUUCAACUCCACGAACAAGUACCAGCUGUCCAUCCACGAGCGGGAGGACAGUCCCCAGGGCUACGUGCUGGUGAUGAAGGGGGCCCCGGAGCGCAUCCUGGACCGCUGCUCCACCAUCCUGCUGCAGGGCAAGGAGCUGCCCCUCGACAAGGAGAUGCAGGACGCCUUCCAGAACGCCUACAUGGAGCUCGGGGGGCUGGGGGAGCGCGUGCUCGGGUUCUGCCACCUGAACCUGCCCGCCGGGAAAUUCCCGCGCGGCUUCAAGUUCGACACGGACGAGGUGAACUUCCCCACGGACAAGCUGUGCUUCGUGGGGCUCAUGUCCAUGAUCGACCCGCCGCGGGCCGCCGUGCCCGACGCCGUGGGCAAGUGCCGCAGCGCGGGCAUCAAGGUGAUCAUGGUGACCGGUGACCACCCCAUCACGGCCAAGGCCAUCGCCAAAGGCGUGGGCAUCAUCUCCGAGGGCAACGAGACAGUGGAAGACAUCGCCGCCCGCCUCAACAUCCCCGUCAGCCAGGUCAACCCCAGGGAGGCGAAGGCUUGUGUGGUGCACGGCUCGGACCUCAAGGACAUGUCCACCGAACAGCUGGACGAGAUUCUCCGGAACCACACGGAGAUCGUCUUCGCCCGCACGUCCCCACAGCAAAAACUCAUCAUCGUCGAGGGGUGUCAGAGACAGGGCGCCAUUGUGGCAGUGACGGGCGAUGGGGUGAACGACUCUCCGGCACUCAAGAAAGCGGACAUUGGCAUCGCCAUGGGCAUCGCCGGCUCAGACGUGUCCAAGCAGGCGGCCGACAUGAUCCUGCUGGACGACAACUUCGCCUCCAUCGUCACUGGCGUCGAGGAGGGUCGCCUGAUCUUCGACAACCUGAAGAAAUCCAUCGCCUACACGUUAACCAGCAACAUCCCCGAGAUCACCCCCUUCCUGCUGUUCAUCAUCGCCAACAUCCCCCUGCCGCUGGGCACCGUCACCAUCCUCUGCAUCGACCUGGGCACCGACAUGGUCCCCGCCAUCUCCCUGGCCUAUGAGGCAGCCGAGAGCGACAUCAUGAAGCGGCAGCCGCGCAACCCGCGGACCGACAAGCUGGUGAACGAGCGGCUGAUCAGCAUGGCCUAUGGGCAGAUCGGGAUGAUCCAGGCGCUGGGCGGCUUCUUCACGUACUUCGUGAUCCUGGCGGAGAACGGCUUCCUGCCGUCGCGGCUCCUGGGCAUCCGGCUGGACUGGGAUGACCGAUCCCGGAACGAUCUGGAGGACAGCUAUGGACAGGAGUGGACGUACGAGCAGCGCAAGGUGGUGGAGUUCACGUGCCACACGGCCUUCUUCGCCAGCAUCGUGGUGGUCCAGUGGGCCGACCUCAUCAUCUGCAAAACGCGGCGCAACUCCGUCUUCCAGCAGGGCAUGAAGAACAAGAUCCUGAUCUUCGGGUUGCUGGAGGAGACGGCGCUGGCGGCCUUCUUGUCCUACUGCCCGGGCAUGGGCGUGGCUCUGCGCAUGUACCCACUCAAGGUCACGUGGUGGUUCUGCGCCUUCCCCUACAGCCUCCUCAUCUUUGUCUACGACGAGGUCCGCAAGCUCAUUCUGCGGCGCUACCCCGGCGGCUGGGUAGAGAAGGAGACAUAUUACUGAGUCCUGCCCAGGACCAACCCGGAUUCCAUCGGCUGUGGUGGGGGGACAAGGGAGGGGAGGGAGGGAGGGAGGGAGGACACCCUGUAGACUCAUCUGUAUGCAGCAACUGUAGAAACGAUAAACAUCUGGGGCCCUGCCUCAACCCUA